UCUCUCUCUUCUGAUUCAGAAGAAGCGCACGCCUCUCUCUCUCUAUAUAUAUAUAUAUAUUACCGCGUAUAUGUAUGACCAGGCAUACAGAGUCAUAUACAUGUAGGCAGGCGAAUGCUUACAUAUGUUUGUCUGUGUCGAUUGGUUUUUGGUAACUGAAAAAACAUUUGCAAUUUGUUGAAAUAUAUUUUAUAUAAAACCAGACUGGAAGAAGUGGUGAAAGAUACAAUUUUUUUUAUGAGAGCCAUUCAUUUCUUUUAGAAACAGCUUUUCCUCUCUUUGGCUCCUUAUUUGUGCCUCCCUUUUGUUCGUCGCGAGAUUUCGGCAUCUGGGUUUUGAUCUGAUUGGUUGGAUGAUUGGUUGAAUGAUCGACGAAGUGAUCUGCUGGGUCUGAAUUUUGAAUCCGAGGAUAUAGGAACACGGUUGUGUUUCUGUCUUGUGUUUUUGUAAGAAGGGGGAAAUGCAGUCAGAUAGUGGCAAGCUAUUCAUAGGUGGAAUAUCUUGGGACACCAAUGAGGAAUGUCUCAAGGAGUAUUUCAGUAAUUUCGGGGAGGUGGUGGAAGCUGUGAUCAUGAAGGAUCGGAACACAGGUCGUGCUCGUGGUUUCGGUUUCGUGGUCUUUGCUGAUCCUGCUGUUGCAGAGAGAGUCAUCAAGGAGAAGCACAAUAUCAAUGGAAGGAUGGUUGAGGCCAAGAAGGCUGUCCCUAGAGAUGAUCAGAACAUAAUUAACAGAAGUGCGAAUAGCAGCAGCCAGGGUUCUCCAGGUCCAUGUCCAGGUCGAACAAGGAAGAUUUUCGUUGGAGGCUUGGCUUCAUCGGUCACAGAGAGUGAUUUCAGGAAUUACUUUGAGCAGUUCGGGACAAUAACUGAUGUUGUCGUGAUGUACGACCAAAACACUCAACGGCCUCGAGGUUUUGGGUUCAUCACUUAUGAUUCUGAGGAGGCUGUGGACAAAGCCCUUUUGAAGACAUUCCAUGAACUCAAUGGUAAAAUGGUCGAAGUCAAGCGUGCGGUUCCCAAAGAGUUAUCUCCCAGUCCCAGUCCCAGUCCCGGCCGUAGUCCUCUUGGUGGAUAUAAUUCUGGUAUGAUGAGUAGGAACAAUAGUUUGCUGAAUGGGUAUAACCCCGGAAUUGUUGGAGGUUAUGGACUUAGGAUGGAUGGUAGAUUCAGCCCGGUUGCCGGCUCUAGAAGUGGGUUUGCUAUGUUUGGCUCUGGUGAUGGAAUGGGUGUGAACUUUGAGCCGGGUCUUAUUGCCUCCGGAUAUGGAGGAACUGCAAAUUUCACUAAUAAUGCUGGCUAUGGUCGCUCGGUAACCCCAUAUUAUGUCGGCAACUCAAAUAGGAUAGGAUCCUCUGUUGGUUAUGAGGGAGCUAAUGGAGGAAACUCUUCGUUCUUCAGCUCAGUGACCCGAAAUCUUUGGGGAAAUGGAGGAGGACUGAGUUAUAACACAGGAAACAGUAAUUCUGGGCCAUCCACGGGAUUGGGGAAUGGUAACAGCAAUGGACUCAGCUGGGGCGGAUUCUCGGCACUAUCGGGUCGAGGUGGAGGGAAUGAUUUGCCAAACAGCACCAUGAACUUCGGGUAUGGAGGUGGUGAUAACAGUUUUCCAUAUGCAAGAAACAAUGGAACUAAUAUGGCAAAUGGUGGGGGAAGGGGAGGAUAUGAUUCAGCAGCCAUUGCCAACUUCUAUAGCAGCAGUUCAAACUAUGGGGAACCGGAUUGGAGAUCAUCUCUACCCGAAAAAGAAACUUUUCCCGGGUCCUUAACCUACGGUCUGAACGAUGCUUCUGCUGAAAGCUCGCCUAGUUAUGUCGGUGGUUUUACCGUUAACAAGAGACAGCCUAACGGAGGGAUUGCUGCAUAAGAACUAGUUUUCGGGUUUUUUGUCAUCAAAGAAGGAUAGUGUUUACACAGGGGAAUGACAUCGAAAGACAACGGGGGGAUCUGAACUGAAUCUGUGCAUAAGCAAAGUUGGAAGAGGUAAAAUGUUUUGGCAUCAAACAGCACUGCAAGUUUCCGUACAUGUUUUAUAGGGCAGUUUGAGUGAGAUGUAAAAUCGGAUUGCGGGAUGAAACAAAACUGUUUUAAGCCCUUAGCUCUGUGGUUUUUGUUCUUCUUCUUCUUCUUCUUUCGGUCGGAAAAAUGAUUAUACGAUUAUUGAUGAUUGGCCUUGUUCUUGGUUCUGGUGAUGUGUUUUUGUAUCUGAUGUUUUUUUUUUUCUUUCUCUUUAUUUUUUGUUUGGGAUUUGUGGUUUGGUUACUGAAGUGUGAAAAAAAAAACAGAAGUUCCUCGGCUCAGGGACCCUCUAAUGAAUAAAACAGAGCAUUUCCAGA